GAGGACUGGCAGAUUUCAAUUUAUAAGCUAAGCUCCAGUGUAAUAUUUAUGCUGCGUUCAUUUUGCCUUUAAAUCUAAUGAGUAAAUUAAAUGUUGAUUCUUGCAUUCAAUAAAUAUAUGUUUCUUGUUAUAUUCAAGAUUUUCUGAAACUCAUUUAAACUAACCUCACUUUAUUAAUGAUAGGCUCAUUUACACUCCCUCUGGGUGUCAACUAUAUAUAACAUACUAACUGUUAGGAAGUGCAAGGCCUAGCCAGUUUUAAGUAUAUGCAUGGUUGAUUUAAAUAGAGAUGGAGAAUGGAGGUCGUAAAAAAACUUGGUCUGAACUCAAGCAAGUUGUGUUUGAAUUGCGUCGCCAACUUUCAACUUUGUCUACGAUUGUACCAAGUUCAGUUGAAUUUCGGAAUCUCAAGGAUGGCAGAACAAGGAUAUUCUUUCUUAGCUCACCUGGUAAUGGUUGGGAAACUACCCUUCUCUACACCGACAUUGUUUUGGAAGAACAAAAGAACGGCCGGUUACAGUGGCAUCCCGUUAUUGAGUCCAAUUUUCAGAGUGUGUCACUGGGUGCACGUUCCUCAAGAGAGGAGCAGCUGAUGUUGGAGCGGAAACGGCUGGCAACAUGGGGUAUCACCUCGUAUGAGCUGCAUCACGAGUCUGGGAAGCUGGUCUUCCCGGCGGCGAGUACUCUCUUUCAGUGCAUCGACACAGGCUACACGAAUGGACCUCUGUUCCCUGCCGAGCUCAGAAUGAACUCAAGUGGUCCCAAGCUCCUCCCGCAGAUAUGUCCCUCCAACCCUGACCUGGUAGCUUAUAUCUGCAAUGCUGACAUCUGGGUCUCCCACACCCUAACAGGUAGCACACAGAGACUGACAUAUGCUCACAAAGGUGGACGACCAUUGUCAGAUGACCCCCUGACAGCAGGCAUACCAUCAUAUGUGAUGCAGGAAGAAUUCAACCGUUACCAGGGAUACUGGUGGCAGCCAGACUCCCCAGAUGGAGUGUACAGGAUAUUAUAUGAAGAGACUGAUGAAAGCGAUGUCAAGAUCUACAGCUUUCCCUCCUCAAAUUCAAAUACUAGUGGAGAAAUAGAGCAAUACAGGUUUCCUCGAGCCGGGACACCCAAUUCUAAAUCUAACCUUAAGUUGCUGACAUUCCGGCUCAGUGACAGCCUGCAGAUCAAGGAUAUCCACAACCUGGAACUUCAAUACCCUCUCAGUCACAUCUUCCCGUGGAUGGAGUAUAUGGUUCGAGUAGGCUGGGCACCCAACCUCUUUAAUGUCUGGGUGCAGCUGCUGGAUCGCCGACAACAAAGACUGGAACUAGUGCUGCUAUCUGUGGAUAACUUUGUGGAACCACCACCCAACAUGUACCACACGGAAAAUCACCUCAGUCCAAACUGUCCUCCUGUGCAGGUCAUCUCCGUGCAGACCACGGACGUUUGGAUUAAUGUGCACGACCUGUUGUACAUGUUUCCCGUUGAGGACUGCGGCAAACUGACGUUCAUCUGGGCAAGUGAGGAGACAGGCUUCAGACACUUGUACCUCAUCACGACAAAUAUUGGUGGACACCACAAUGGCAUAGACGAAAGCUUACACAGCAAUGAAAGCAUGCUGGUGAACAACAGGAUGGGAGUGGCGGUCCCACUGACCAGUGGAGAGUGGGAGGUGCUGGGUUGGAACUUGUGGGUAGAUGAGGAAAGACAAUUGGUGUACUUCAUGGGGUUGCGAGAGACUCCUCUGGAGAAACACUUGUACGUGGUGUCAUUGCGACGGCCCGGAGAAGUGCGGCUGCUCACACGGCCGGGCUUCUCAUACUCUGUGGAUCUCAACAAGGAAUGUACAAUGUGUGUGGUCGUGUACAGCAACAUACAGAAACUGCCAGCUUGCCAGGUGUUCAGAAUAACUCACUCAGACUGGUCCGUAGGUGGCGUUAAUCUCACACCUAUCGGCUUUAUCUUGGAGCCAUCAGUUCCAGAGAUAGAGAUCCACCCGCCAGAACUGUUCACACAUCAGUUGCACUCUGGGGAGGUGGUGUAUGCGAUGAUCUUUCGACCACACAACUUCUCACCGACAGCCAAAUAUCCUGUAUUGCUCAAUGUUUAUGGGGGUCCCGAGGUGCAGCUUGUUAGCAACACAUUCAAGGGCAUGAGACAUCUUCGGUUGCACAUGCUGGCUGCUCAGGGAUAUUGUGUCAUAGCCAUUGACUCGCGUGGCUCCCACCAUCGGGGCCUAAAAUUCGAGAGCCACCUCAAGGGCAGAAUGGGAACAGUGGAACUGGAUGAUCAAGUGGAAGUGCUGAGCUGGCUAGCAGAGAGGCUGUCAUUCUUGGAUAUGGACAGAGUUGCGAUACAUGGCUGGUCCUAUGGAGGCUAUAUAAGUCUGAUGGCUCUAGCCACUAAACCUCACAUAUUCAAGGUGGCCAUCGCUGGGGCUCCGGUCACAUCCUGGAAUCUGUAUGACACAGGCUAUACAGAGCGCUACAUGGAUCUGCCUCAGAACAACCUGCAAGGCUACAAGGCUGGCUCCAUACUCAACUAUGUAAACCAGUUCCCUGAUGAUGAAAAUAGACUGUUGAUAAUCCAUGGGAUGAUUGAUGAAAACGUUCACUUCUACCACACGAGUCAGCUGAUCAACGCCAUGGUGCGAGCGGGCAAGCCUUAUCAUUUGCAGGUGUACCCUAAUGAAAGGCACAGUUUGCGGAAUUUAGAUGCAAGCAAACACUACGAGACAACGCUUCUGUCUUUUCUCCAAAAUCACCUUUAACACUGCCAAGUAUUCUAGGGUUUAGUUUAAACAUAACAAUGUGUUUCUUUAGUAAUUUGGAGAUGCACGUUCAUAGGAUCUCAAUAAGCAGAUAAGUAAAAUUACUUGAGUCAAGCAAUAAGCGGGCACCAUCUCUUUGAUACUUUUAUGUCUCUGCUAGGCAAUAUCUAAAUUUAAAAUUACUUCAGAGCAUAAUAGUUGUAGAAAAGUGUCAGUUACUAUGCUCGAAAUAUUAUAUAUCUAUUUUUUCAAAGAAAAUGUCAAUAACUUGCUUCUGAAAUAUAUAUUACAAUGUGAAAUUUGUUGCAAGUUGUGGAAUCCAAAUCUAUGUUAUAAAAAUUAAAUUUACUUGUUUAUUUUGUAUGUAUAAAUGAGGCAUUGUUUUGGAAACAGUUUUAACAUUCAAUGUUAACUUGUAUUUUGUGUAUAAAAUACCAUAUAGCAAUAAUUUGUACAACUUGUUUAAAUAGAAAUGUUUGUAGCUCUGCAACUGGCAAGUCCUACACAGUCUAUGAAAGGUCUGUCAUUGUUAAAUAAUUCUAUUCUUUUAGAAUUAAAAAUUUGAAAGAUUUUUAAAAUUAUUUUAAGCCACCAGACUCCAAGCAGCUCUGCAGCUAUCUUCCUGCUGCAUGUUCUAAAUUUUGUACGGCUGCUACAUUGAAACCUUGUUGUAAUGUCCUCAAUCAGGCAAUGUUUGAGAUGCAACUUGGUUAAGUGAUCAUAUUGUGACAAAAAGACUAUGUUAUUAGUUUAAUAAUUUAUUUUUAGAUAGGAUCAGUUUCCAAAUUGUCUAUGUGUGGUGUUCCAAUAUAAGAUCAAAUUAACUGCAAUUUAGGUAAUAUCAGGAAUUUAAAUGUGUACAUGACAUAUAACUCUGAAAAAGACGGAACACUGUUUCCUUGUGUUAGUAUUACUUUUUUUACAAACUUAGAAGUUAUUUCUUCCUUUUAGACUGGUUUCAAGGCCACUUAUGUGCUGGCUGCACCAAGUAUCAAGCAAACAUUGGGAAACAUAAGUUUUUGUAAUUAUAAUUUAUUUUAUAGAAGAACAAUAAUUCUAUCAAAUAGAAUUGUCCAAAAUAAAUUAUUUUGACAUUUUCCUCUUUGUAAAAUUGUAGCUAAACAGAAUUUUUGAUCAGUUACUUUAUAUAUUUAGUAUAAAUUUCUUAAACAAAUUGUUUUAAAAGAAUAUUAAUUUAUUGAAAUCAUUACAAUAAAAUUAUAGUUAUUCAACUUUGCUUUUUUUAUUUUAGGUUCUCUAUAAACUCUUCACAAGUGGUACACAUUUACAAAAUUUUGAAUAUGAAAUAAAUAAUAUAAGAAUUAAUAAGGUGCCCUGCAUAGUUUUAUUAUGUCCAAUUGAUUGUAAUUAUAUUAUAAUCUUCCAAUGCAGUCCCAAUGAAUCUAAUAUUGCUUGACGUGUUUGAAAGUAAUUACAUAUAACUGUUAUGCUAUACACAUAUAAGUCAUAAAUAUGAAGCCAAGUAAUAUACCAUAUGGCAUAUGAUGACUUUUCAAUGGUUCUUCAGAGUUUUACUGAAAUCUAAAAUAUAUACCAUUACAGAGCAAAUGAAUGACAUUUCAAGGGUUAAUGAAAUAAAAGCCUAAUCCAUAAAUUAAUUGUGGUUGGAAUAUCUCUUAACAUUGCAAUUUUAUCCAACCAUUAGUCAAAAUAUUUCAUAAUUCAAGGGUAACUAAUUGUUUUUUGAUUAGUAAAAGUGGUGAUGUAGUUGAAGCAAUUUUUCCUGCAUGUUAUCUCUUUGAGUCACUCAGUGUUACAGGAAUGAGAAUAGACUACUUAAUCCAUUUAGGUAGCUACUAGGCUUUUGUUGAUUUAUCCGUGUUAUAUUUUGAAGCAGAUUUAGAUCUGUAUAGAAAGGCAUUGUUCCAAAAUAUAAGUGGCAUUUUAGCCAUGCUAUUGCAAGUAUUUCAAUGUUUAGUUGUACCCAGUGCAAUGCAACCAGAUAAAGUUUAAUAUUGUUACGUUCAGAGCAGUAUUUAUGCAGUCUUAUGGGGAAAGGCAAUAACGGAGUUGUAGCGUUGUGAUAUGAUUUAUUAAUAUUGUAACAUAAUGUGUACUGUUUAUGUAUUUAUAUUGUCAGUCUAUUGACCAGCAACUGUUGAUUGAAUCUUGUAAAUAUUGUAUUGUACAAUUAUUCUUUUUAAAUAUGUUUUUUGGUAUCGCUGCAAAUAAGGUACUAUUUUUAUAACAAAUUAUUUAACAUUUUCUUUUUUUAUGAGAUAUGUAAAAUAUAUUUUUCGUUGUUUUACCUUUUAGUGUAAACUAGUUAAUACAAUAUUUUAGUUCUUGUAUGAACUCGAAUUGUCCAGCCCAGUUUAUGUUGUAGCAUAGACCUGGCAAAACCUUCAUUAUUAUUUCAGUUGAUCAUUAAUAAUUAUGUUUGCAUUGUAAUGUUAUACACUCUAACAAAUAAUUUAGGCUUUUGGAUAGACUGGACGAUUGGAGUUCUGCUGAGGUAUAUUAUAACUCUGUACUAAAGGUUUGUUUGUAUAACUAUUUGUAUUCUAUUAUGAUGUUGUAUAGUUUAUAAUUAAUUUAGUUGCAGUUUAAAUAUUAACUCCUCUCCUCCAAAUGUCACAAGUUGCAUUGAUCAUAUUUUACAGUAAUCAUUAUUUGCACAUUUUCAAAAAUAUUGUUGGAAUGUUAAUUAAUUUAUGAUUAUUUUUUUAAUAUUUUAAUCAUGAUUGUACUGUUGAAAUUAUAAUAAGAACUGUUUCAAUGAUGCACUUCUAGAUUGUAAGUCAUAAAUCUUGUUCAAACGUUUUAUACAAUUCUAAGACUGUUUCAUUAAUAUGUUACUGUGAAAUAACUUUGGUUUUCUGUGAUAGUGAACAUGUUAACAGUAUGUAAUCUGUUCAUCCAUGAGUGUGUAGGGACAUGAUUUGCCAUUGAGGUAUAUAUUAUAUGUUAUAUUUUCUCUCACAGUGCAUAACAAUACCUCAGACAACACAACGUACAAUGUACAAACAUGCAACUAGUAUAAGUGAUCUAGACUAUAUUUAUAGAGUUGUUAUUUAAAAAUCAACUAAUCAACAUGAAGUUGUUAGAAUAAAUAAUAAAUUAUUCACAGAAAAUAUACAAAUUAUUUGUAUUGUGGCUUACAAUUUCUCUUAUUCCAAAAAUAUUUUGAAAUUUUAGUGUAGAAUUUAACUAGCAUUACUUCACAUAGUAUCUUUUUACAAUCUUUGAUCAAAAAUUACAUUAAUAAAUUAUUUAUUUGAAUUUGGAAAAA